UUGCUGCCUGUAUAUAGAGAAGACAGAGUCUGACAGAGCAGAUCCAGUGAGAGAGUGAGGAACAGAGAGACGAGAGACAGACUUUUUACCUGUGGAUGACUUCCUGAGCAACAGACCAGCAAACUUCUACAGUUUUCUAUUGGAUUACCACACCCGCAUUUCUCUCUCAACUCAAGAUUUAUCAUGAAGCUCUUCCUGUUAACUGUGGCGGCGCUGCUCCUGGUGGUGGAAAAGAGCACUGCAGAACGAAUCCUGUCAAGAAGGACCAAGAGGGAGCUCGCCAGUCCGCUCCAUGUUGGAGGCAUCAGGGACCCGUUUGGCUCCUACUGCGAGAGGAGAGGGGGCUGCUGCCCCGGCAGAGACGACCUGUGCACCGUCCCCUACCUGGACACCAUAUGCUACUGCGACCUCUUCUGCAACCGGACCGUCGCUGAUUGCUGCCCUGACUUCUGGGGACAUUGUCUCGGUGUGGAGCCACCUUUCAUAGGCACCUGCGAAAGAAAUGGAAACAAGUUCUUUACAGGGCAAACAUACAAAGAGAACUGCAAUUUAUGUACAUGUGGGACCACAGGACGCUGGGAGUGUGAGCAGAACGCCUGUCUGAUGGAGCCGGACGUUAUCAACGCCAUUAACAGAGGCAACUAUGGAUGGAAGGCAGCCAACUACAGCCAGCUCUACGGCAUGAGUCUAGACGAGGGCGUCCGCUACCGCCUGGGCACACAGAGACCCUCCAAGACGAUUAUGAACAUGAAUGAGAUGCAGAUGAACAUGGAUCCUGUGAGUGACCGUCUACCAGCCUACUUCAACUCUUCAGAGAAGUGGCCGGGAAAGAUUCAUGAACCGUUGGACCAGGGCAACUGUGCUGCAUCCUGGGCUUUCUCAACUGCAGCUGUGGCAUCAGACAGAAUCUCCAUCCAGUCAAUGGGUCACAUGACUCCUCAGCUGUCCCCACAAAAUCUUAUUUCCUGUGACACCCGCAACCAGGGAGGGUGUGAUGGGGGACGCAUCGAUGGAGCCUGGUGGUACCUCCGGCGUAGAGGAGUGGUGACAGAAGACUGUUAUCCAUACCAACCCAUGCAGCAAACACCAGUGGAGGUGGGCCGCUGUAUGAUGCAGAGUCGCUCCGUCGGCCGGGGGAAGAGGCAGGCCACCCAGCGCUGCCCCAACACGCACAACUACCAAAACGACAUCUACCAGUCCACUCCGCCCUACAGGCUCUCAUCCAAUGAAAAGGAGAUCAUGAAGGAGAUUAUGGAUAAUGGACCUGUGCAAGCUAUGAUGGAGGUCCAUGAAGACUUCUUUGUCUAUAAGAAUGGGAUCUAUAAACACACGGAUGUCAGCUUCACCAAACCUCCACAGUACCGCAAACACGGCACACACUCAAUUAGGAUCACUGGGUGGGGAGAGGAGACAAACUUUGAUGGGACAUCAACAAAAUAUUGGAUUGCUGCCAACUCCUGGGGAAAGAACUGGGGAGAGAACGGCUACUUCCGUAUCGCUCGCGGGGACAAUGAGUGUGAGAUUGAAACAUUUGUGAUUGGUGUGUGGGGCAGAAUCACGAUGGAGGACAUGCACAGCCAUCAUCACCACCAUCGUCGCCGGCACAUUUAGAGACACGACAGAUGUUAAAACCCCGCAGAGACCUUUGUUUGUACUUCUACCAAUAGAUGUUUUUCACCCCAGAGAAGAACCACACAAAAAGUCUCAGAACUUCAGCACAUCCCCUUAUGCAUCAAGCUGGCUGGGACAGCCUCACAAUCAACACCAGAGCCCCUUAGCCCUCUCAUGUUAUACCUUAUUUCACUCUGGGGAUCAAUACAGCCCCUCUUCAAUUGUAUCUUUAGCAUUUUGAAGAGUACAACCUUCCCCACUCUCCCUGUAACUCAGGGUUUAUGGCCCCAAAACAACAAAGAUAAACUCAACGAAGCGAAAGCUCUUUUGCGUCGCCUUACACUCAGGCACCUCAGGCACCUCCUGAUCCAAAGACCACACUUCCCAGAAUCCUCAAGAUAAUAUCUGGUGAAUAAUGUCAAAGUUGGGUGAGGACAAAAGCCGAAGCUCAGUCUGAUCUUUGUAUUCUUCUUUGCCUAUCUUUGUCAACCUGAACCUUUAGUCUUUUCUAAAUGUAUAAUCCAAACAGACCCAAGUUCAGAGGGACAGUUUGGAAAAGAGGAUAUCUGAGAGGCAGAUUAUCAGAAAUCUGAAAAUCUGACUCACCUAGCCGAACUGUAUCACAUGAUAAUAUAUCAUGCAUGACCUAACUGACAUUGACUUACUGUCAGUUAUACGGAGUUCACAGUACGGCUCAUUCCCUCAGUUUUAGAGAGGACACUUAUACGGAGUUAGUAGCUGCAGAGUUUCUCACACAUUCCACUAAAAAUGUAGAAUCUGACACUAGAAACAGUAGAAGAUUUAAUGUGGAGUGUAAAGAUGACAAAAACUCUGAUUUGGGAUUUUAAGAGGUUUCACAGUACCACCGGCCAUGACCAACACCACUGGACAUUUUAAAGCAAUUCAAUAAUGAAUUAAAUUAAAUCUUAGCUAAGAUUAAACAUGUAUGAUUUGGCUGCAGGUGAAAUACAUAAUUUGAGUCACACUUGAUGAAACGUCACCACUGAGAAUGAACAUGUACAUAAAAGCCAUGCUGCCAUUCUUGACACCACCAUCCCAUUUAUAAGGUGAAUCACUGAUGCGUUAAGAGGUUAAAACUAUUGUAAUGCCUUAAAAAAAGAGUUGUUUUGACCACCGCAAAAGAAAGCAUUAGUGUAUAGUAGUCUUAAUGUGCUCCGUUCUGUGUACACUGUUACAGUUUGAGCUAAAGAAAGUUAUUUUUUUGUUGCAGUUAUAUUAUGAAGUUUUAUUUUACUACUUGUUUUACGAUGUACUUUAUGUAUUAACUUUCAUUACACACUCAUCACACAGUGGCUUUUCUACUUGAGCUUCUACAUAGUUGUAACAGUUUGACUACAGCCAGGAGGAUGGUGGGGGGGGUACCGCUGCUAGUCCAGUCUGUGCUUCGAUAUUUGACUGCAGAGUCUGUAGUUUGAUGCUUUCAUAUGUAAUAAACAUGUAAAGCCACUUCUAACUAAUGCAGAAACACUUCAAGUCGCACCGGUUCAGAUGAGCUGUUAGGCUUUAUGCAUUCGUGUUCAUUUUGAAUGUUUAUUUUGUAAGAAAGCGUAACACCUUCCAACUUAUUAGCCGUGGACCUUUCUUUGCUACGUUGCUUUUGUGAUGUCUUUAUUUCAGGCUAAUUGAGGAAUUUUCAGAUCUUUCUGGAGCACAUCCUCACUUGAAAAGGAAACAAUUGUGUAUUAUUACCACUUGCUUUAAAUUACACCCUGGUGUGCUUUAGCUGUAACUUCAAAAGGCUUUUCCAUUUCUAUAUCACCACGUCUUGUGAUCUUUAAGGUCCCUCUAUCAUCUCCUUCAGACAUGGCUAAGCAGAAAGGCAGAAAAGCAGAGAGAAAUGUCUGGAUGGACAGGUAAUGUGCAAUGUGGCGGAGAGAUAAGCAUGUUUCUCAUGCAAUGAAUAUCUGCUUUCAUUCUGAAGUGGAAGAUGAAGAGCAGCCCAUCAACAUGAGAUGCACAACAGGUUUACGAUAAAGACGAGAAGGACAAAGUGAAACUGAGCUCUUUGGCGUGAGGAGUGAUUAUGUCAAUCUUCUGUCGGCAGAAAGAAGGAGAUUCUUUUUUUAAAUAUUUUUCUAGUCUCCACCAGACGUUGGGUACACCUUUAAUAUUUAACUAUUGAAGAUGUGUCAUGCCCUCUUCAAGAGCAGCAGCAACAUUGGAUAUGUGAGUUUUGUACUUGGUGUGUAUCAGUAGGCUGAGAACAGUUAUUUAUUUCAUUCAAAAGGAAGUAUUGGAAUCUGACCAAAGCUGGAAUCAUUUAGUUUCUUUUGAGUUGUCAGAGUCCAUUUAUGUUGCUUUUAUGUUGCAUUAACGGUCAUUCAGGUUUAUUGUUAGCUUGGAUUAUAUUGAUUAUACUGAAUGUAUAGAAGAGGGCUUUUAAAUACUUGUAAAGCUUUCUCAAGUAAAUGAGCAUUAACAUGCGUUACAUUAAUUUUGAUUAGAUAUAUUUCAGAUGUGACCAAUAAUAACUAUAUCAGUAAAGAUUCUCUGCAAAACUCAAAUCUAUUCCAUAGAAACGUAUCUUACUUUCAGCAACAGUUUUCACCAACACAACCUCUCCUCAAAAAAGAAACUCCAAGAACUGCAGCAGACAUCCACUCAGAAGCUGUGUAUUUUAUGUAAGAUGAACCACUCCAUAUUCACUGAUGUGUAGGCUUUAUUUAUGACAAGAUGUGUAAAUUAUAUACUGUACUUUUAUUCCUUGUUUUCCUGUGCAAUGUUUUAUUAUCUCUCUGUCUCUUGUUUUUUGUGCACUAAAUGCAAUACCACAUUAGUAUUCACAUGUGCGGCACAAUAAAGUCUUUCCAAAACCA